CCUGGAGCCUUCGCAGCUCUGUGUGUGGCUGGGCACGCUGGUGGGGUUCUCUGUCGUGCAGGGUGACGCAACAGUCGGCAACUCACGGUCCUGGGAGCUCCCUCCAGGCUCCAAGCACGUACUACUCCAUUACCAGUCGCGCUCUUCUGCCUCAACAACCCAAGCUCCUCAAUAUCACCAAUCGAUGUCUGCGCGGUCGCCCUAGAUCCUGUAUACAGACCGUGAUAGUAGAGCGUUAUACUCCUAUCACAAUUCCCGAACUCCGAAUCCGUCAAACCGCAGCCUGAAGCCAUGGCCGCCCCUGAGGUUCACCACCUCUUUCACCACCCGAUUGCGGACCACUCGUUCUCGGCCGAUCGCAACACGCUCGCAGUCGCCAAGGACUCCACAGUCGAGCUAUAUGGUCGCGUGGGCAACGCUUUCAAGCUCAAAGACGAGCUCAAAGGCCAUGACAAGACCGUCACAAGCAUCGACAUCGCUCCCCAGAGUGGUCGCAUCGUGACCUGCUCGCAAGACCGCAAUGCUCUUGUCUGGGAGCCCUCGCCAAGCGGCUACAAGCCCACCCUUGUGCUCCUGCGCAUUGCUAGAGCUGCCACCUUUGUCCGCUGGUCGCCCUCCGAGACCAAGUUCGCCGUGGGCUCUGGCGACCGCGUGAUUGCUGUGUGUUACUUUGAGGACGAGAACGACUGGUGGGUGUCGAAGCACCUCAAGAAGCCGAUCCGCAGCACGAUCACAACGGUCAACUGGCACCCCAACUCGGUGCUGCUGGCGGCUGGCUCGACGGAUGCCCAUGCGCGCGUUUUCUCGGCCUUUAUCAAGGGCGUCGAUGCUCGGCCUGAGCCCAGCGUCUGGGGUGAGCGCCUGCCCUUCAACACGGUCUGCGGCGAGUACCUCAACAACUCUGCUGGCUGGGUGCACAGCGUGGCGUUCUCGCCCAGCGGCGACGCCCUCGCCUUCGCUGCCCACGACAGCAGCAUCACCGUCGUCUACCCGACAGGACCAGAGCAGCCGCCGCGCGCCGUCAUCAGCGUCAACACGCAGCUCCUUCCAUUCCAGAGCAUCAUCUGGAACGGCGAGGCCGAGAUCAUCGCGGCCGGCUACGACUGCGAGGCAUUCCGCUUCCAAGGUGAUGCCUCGGGCUGGCAGCUCGCUGGAACUCUUGAGUCCAAGGGCCGUCCGGGACUUGGCGAUGCGGGCCGCGAGGAGUCGGCGCUCAACAUGUUCCGCCAGAUGGAUCUCAAGGGCAAAGUCAAGGACGACACGCAGCUCAAGACUGUGCACCAGAACACUAUCUCCACGAUCCGUGUGUAUGAGUCGAACGGUGGAAGCGUGAGCAAGUUCAGCACAAGCGGCGUCGAUGGACGUGUUGUCAUUUGGAAUGCCUGAGUGCGCGGUUACGGUCAAAAAUCCGGAUUCCGAUGGCCAGGGCCUGCGGCCAGCACCAUGCCCUUCGCUCAGGAGAAUUGUAGCAUCGCAGUAGUCGUGCUCUGUUAGAUGGCACGCGCUCCACUGAAAUCAAGACAAAAGUCAAAUGAUGCUACAGCGCGGCUGAUAAAGUUGCAUGCAAGCG